UAUUCAUAGAUAUACAAGAAUAUAGAUCGCUAAUGCAGACUGUAAUGCUGAAAAUUGUUCAAUUUAUCUAGGAUUAUUUUUGAUUUUCUUAUUUCUAGGAUGAGGUUGAUUCUUCUUGGGUGGGGUGGGGUAACUAAACAUUAGCAAUUAGAACAUUUGUUAAGAAAAUAAAAAAAACUUACGCAAUUGGGGGACCUGACAUGGAGUAUUUCUUCCAUGAGUAUAGAAAUUUAAAAUACUAGACUUUAAGAGUAGUUCGCGCCCAUCCUGUAAUUCAACUUUUUAUUGUGGCUCUAUAUGAAAGAAGAGACUAGACAAGCUUCUAUUAGAUCCCUAGAGCAGCUGACCGCUAUUUCAACUGAUAUAUUUGGAAAAAUAAAUACCAAAAUACAGGAGUUCUCGGAUAGAAUUCACACCUUUGAGCACAGAAUAGAAAGGGUGAACCAGAAAGUUGAUUUACUCAAAACUAUUAAAUCUGCGACAGUUAUCUAUUCAAGCUCCAAGUAUCCAAGAGAUGCUUCCAAAAGCUUCCAGAGAACUUUCACAGCCCCCUUUUCCUUCCAAUCCCAGUUUGAGAACCAAAUGGUCCAAGAAAAAAUAUCUGACUUGGAGCCAAAAGAUAUUCCAAAGAAGUUGAAGAAUUUUCAAUUCAAGGAAAAAGAAACAGUUAACACUAUUCCUGACUUCCUACAAGCACCCUCGCACAAUUUAAGAUCAUGUUCUUCUUUGCUUAUCUUCAACACCUCUGAGUAUGCCUUCCAGAAAAGAUCAGUCUCCCUUGAUCCACUAGAGGUAUCUCCAAGGGGCCUGAUGGAACAAUCAGUAGUUGAAGACCAAGUCGAUGCGGUAGAUUCGGAUCAGGCUUCCAAAGGUCCAUAUGCAACUGGUUGCAAUGGAAUGUUUUACAGUCCGGAUAUGGGAGAUCUUCCAGACUUCCAACUUCCAGAUAAUCUAGAACUGCCCAACAUUGCACAGGGAUUGGAUUUCAAUAAAAGCCCAGAAGUUGGUAUUGCACCAUCACUAAACUAUCAGAUGCUAGAUCUUCCUGACAUACCCGGCUUAGAGUCCGACUAUCAGGACUUGACAGAUGGAUCAAUACCAGUUUCAGCACCAACUGUUCCUUCCACCAUUCCCAUUUCUUCAUCUUCUGCCUCUACAUCAACCCCAGUGUCUCAAACUUCAGCACCUCCUCCUCCUCCUGAAGCAGUACUAGAGCAUACACCACCACCUCCUCCUUCUCAAGCAGUACAAGGACCUACUCCACCACCCCCACCCGCACAAGGACACCCUAUACUACCACCACCAUCGCCCCAUUCAUCACAAGGACCUCCUCCACCACCACCACCACCUCCACCCCAAGUUCCUUCCGGAAUUCCUUCUCCUCCACCUUCAGCGCCAAAGGCUGCUGUGACUUCUACUACUUCUGGACCCAAAGGAAUCCAAGCUGCCCCAUCAACACAAGGAGAUGGACGUGGUGGUCUGCUGGAGGCUAUUCGAGCAGCAGGAGGGGCUGCAGGGGCAGGACUCAAAUCCUUAAAGGUUAGAAAAGAGGAAGAGAGAGAACGUCUUGAAAAUGAACGAAGUGCAGUAUCAAGCUUAGGAUCAGGAGAUCUAAUGGGGGAUCUGAUGGCAAAUCUGAAGAGAAGAAGAAAAGGAAUGGCUGGAAAUGUACUUCAGAGGAAAGAACCAGCUGUGGCAUCUGUACCCCCAGUUUCUACUUGGGAUUUGAUAUCUGAUAUGAUUCCACCUCCACCUGCUGAUGCAAAGGACUCAGAUGAUGAAGGGGAGGACGAAGACUGGGACUAAAAAAAGCUUUCUGUAGCCCUCCCUCCAUCCCCCCCCCACAUAAUUUUUAUUUGUGUUUCUAAGACCCCAACUCUAUGAACAAGUUUGUGUCAUAAAAACCAACUAUCUGAUUGUUUAAAUACUAAAUUGAUUGAGAAAGUUGUAUUUUCUAUUGAAAAAAAUAAAGCAAUUUUAUUUAUAUCGGAAAUAAAUUUCCUAUAAUAUUA